AUGGGCAAUCGCAAAGUGAAGCCGCAAGGGAUAGCUCACAUCCUGAAGAUAUCAAAAGGCAGUACGUUCGCUGUUUUGCACGAGCAUUUGGAAAUGAAGAAGUUGUUGCCGAAAUGGGUGCGGCGUUUGCUCACACCGGAAGGAAAACAACAACGAAUUGAUGAUUUAAAUCGCUGUUUGGUCAUUAUUAAGCGGGAUAAGUCUGAGUUUUUGCGUCAAUAUGUGACAAUGGAUGAAACAUGGAUCCACCAUUGCACAUCAGAGUCGAAACGGCAGUCAUCUGAGUGGACCGGAUCCGGUGAAAGCCGUCCAAAGCGCCCAAAGACGCAACAGUCAGCUGGAAAGGUUAUGACGUCGGUAUUUUGGGAUUCGCUUGGUAUAAUUUUCAUUAAUUACCUGGAAAAAUGCAAAACAAUCAACUCUGAUUAUUACUGCGAAUUAUUGGGCAAUUGA